AUGGCAUCGGGUACUCCAGAAUGGCUGUCCGAGCCCUCUCCCAGCAACAACAACAAGAGCAGUAGCACUACUGUCAAGACAAACGACGAAGCCCUUCCCGGUUGGGCCGUGGACGUGGAGAAUCAAGCCGCACCCAACAACAACAAUCUCCAACCCGUGACGGUGGGCACGGAAACAGCGGCACCUCCUAUUGCUAUUGCGACUGCCAAUGUGAAUACGGGCAACGACAAUCGGACCAAAUCAGCAGCGGCAACGGCAUCGGAACAAACAUGGGGAGAAUACUUUUGGGGGACGUUUCAACGCGACGGUCGUCUCUUGUUGAUUACCCUCCUCAUUUUGAUUGUCUUGAAUAUUCCAUUCAUCAAAUGGGCAUUGUAUCCCUUCUCCAUCUUUUCCACGUGGAUUCACGAAUUGUGUCACGGGUUGGCGGCUAUUUUGGCGGGUGGCAGUAUCGUCAAAUUGGAAAUUUUUCCCGAUACCAGUGGAUUGGCCACGACGGCUGUCAAGGGAAGUCGUCGUGGAUUUGUCGUGUCGGCGGGAUAUCAAGGCACGGCCGUCAUUGGCUGUUUGCUACUGGUGUGCCGACGCACCAAACGAGGACCGCGAUUUUGGACCAUGGCGCUGGCAUUCAUGAUGAUUUUGAGUGUCUUGAUUUGGAUUCGCAAUGCCUUUGGCAUUUGUUUUAUUUUAUUGCUCGGAUUUGUCCUCGGAUGCGUGGCGUGGAAACUGCCAUCGACGCACAUGCGCAAUGUGUUCAUCUGCUUGGCCGUCACGACCUGUAUGAAUGCCAUUACCAGUGUCCAAGAUUUGUUUGGGACUAAUCAUGUUGUCAAUGGAGAGGCGUCGGGAGGAACUGAUGCUCAUACCAUGGCCGAUAUCAAGGGGGGCACGCAUACGCUGUGGGCCAUGAUUUGGCUAUUCUUGGCGCUGGUGCUAACCAUGGUGGGAUUUUUAUUUGCCGUACCCGGACCCGAUGAAGUGGCCGAUUUCACGUGGUGUGGUGUCUGCCAAGAUUUGGGUCUCUUUCGAUGCUGCAAUGCGCCCGGACAACGAUACAUUUCCAGACUCUAUCGGGCGUCCACCAAUAACGGUGGUGGUGGAGACAACAACAAUGACAACAACAACAACAAUUCAUAG